AUGUACGUCCCCGCACCAGUGCGAAAACGCCAGCUGACUAGGCUAGAGGCGUGUAUCGCUAAGCAUACCCUCGCAGACGCCGAUCUAACUCAUCAGCAUAUGCAGAUCCGCUGUAUACCAAUAGACGUCAAGGACCACGAAUCUCUUAACAGGAAGCUGUAUGAUGAGUUGCGAUUCCUUUUCACGGGGACCGCAUGCCCAGAAAUUCGUGAGAUCUACACACGGUACUUCACCAGAAAUGACAUUAGCAUUGAAAACCGCCGAGAGCGUGCUUGGAAGCACUUUCUAGCGUCUAGACGGGCUCACAACCUGCCUCAGAUUGCAUUAGAGGUCAAUGGCGCAUUUUAUAUUUUAGAGGACGACCCACGGGGAAGGAUUGCCCGUCUCCCUGCGUCCCUGCAGGGAAAGGCGCAAGGAUUGUUAAAUAAAAAUAGAUCACACCCAGAAUCUAGUCUCAAGUCUGCCAAGUAUAAGAAGUACAUGGUAGGACUUGAUGAGCCUAAAUAUCAGAUACGCAGCCUAUCUGAGUCAGCUGCCCGGAGGUUCGGAGCGUCAGCUGCCACCUCAUCUAUCGUCCUUCCUGUUGCAGAGUGGCGCAAGCUCACAGAGGAGAGAAUUGAAACACACCACGAUCAUUGUGCAGCUACUUCCUCUAUCUUCGCAGAUUCUGACCUUCCGUACGAUUGUGCUUCCAGCUUAGGGCCAACUUUCAACGUUUUGGAACGCUAUCGGUCAAUAGAUAACUUUGAUCGAGAUCUCGCCAAAGAGACUCAGAGAGACGAGAAAACCAAGGAGCCAACUGAGUGGUACGAGAUCUAUAAGAGUGAUAUUCUCACUGUUAUAAAGAAUAUCUAUCGCAAAAACAUGUAG